CCUGAUGUCAGUGAGAGAAAUGCAGCGCCACAAUUGCUCCACUAGAUAAUUAUAAUUUAUAUAGUGAUCCGCAUUCAAUUUCAACUUCAGGGGAGCUGGGUCCGCAUGCUGGCACAAGCAAUGGGCGUUUGACGUGAGCUGGUUGGUCCCGGGGUUGUGCAUCAUGGACGAUUUUGCAGGAAGGGGCCACCCUGGGUUGCUGAAGGACGAUUCUGUGGCACAUUCAGAUGAGAGAAGUGAGGCAUGGGAUAGUCACUGGCCCCCAGAGAAGAGUCCCAUGGCUUCCCCUCUCAAUGACCUGGCGGCCCGGGUUAGAGGGGCGCUCAGUGAGGAUGAGGAGGAUGCAGACACCGUGUACACCGAUGAACUGCUCAAGCUGAGGAGUGCAGUCAAUGAGAAGGAGUUGGAGCUGGUCGAGCUGCGUGAGAGCCACAUGCAUCUCCUGGAGCGGAGUGCGGAGGCCCGCACCAACUGGGAGGAAGCAGUGGCCUCAAAGGACAGAGCAAUCGACCAGCUGCAAGAGGCGCUGCGAGCAAAGGAGAAGGCGCUGGAGAGAAUGGAUGGCAACUUGAGGGAGGCUAAGAAGCAGCUGCAGGAUGCCCAAGGACUGCAGGCGCACAAGAUCUCAGAGCUCGAAGGCAUGGUGGACGACUUGAAAGAGGAGAAUGAUGCACAUCAGAAGCAGCGACAGAAGGACGUCUCUGAAAUCAAGGCGCUGCGCUCCCAGCACCAAACGAACCGAGAAGAUCUUGCAGUCGCAAGCGAGCAGCAGCAGGGGAUUGAGCAUGCCCUCACGAGGCAGCAGAAGCAGCUCGAGGCGCUGGAUAAGGAAAACCGCCAGCUCCGGAGCAGCCUGGAGGCGGCGGAGCGGAUGACGGAGAAGCUGAGGAAGGACCUCAUGGGGCAGCAGGACGUCACGCUGCAGGCCAGCCAAGCCAAGGAACUAAUGGCGAGAGAGAUCCAAAGCCGUGUUGAGGAGUUGCAGUCUCAGAUGGUGGAGCUUCAGCAAGGGGUGGCGUCCAAGGAGGCGUCCGUGCAGCGGCACCGCGAGAAGAACAAGCGGCUGCAGGCCGAGCUGAAGCUGAAGCUGGCUGCACUGGAGCAGGCGGGCGCAGACAAGCAGCAGCUGCAAGCGGAGGUCGGCAGGCUGCGCACCGUUAACACGGAGCUUGACCAGCACUGCAAUAAGCUGAAGCGGGCGGCCGUGUCGUUGGAAGAGAAGCUAGCCGCAGUGCGGGAGGAGCUCAGCGCUGCGAAAAGGUGGGCCACCGACUCCGACCUGACCGACAUGGUGGACGGCCUGCGGGCGGAGCUGCGACAGAGCCGCCAGGAAGCGGAAGACCUGGCGGCCGAGCUUGCAAAGCAGAAAGGGGCGCACGCGUCCGACGUCCGGCGGAAGCUGCACUCGCUAGAAAAGAAGCACCGACUCCAGAUGCAAGAAGCCAAGUUGAAACUCGAAACGCGGAUAGCGGAGCUGGAGGCGGCCCUUCACCGGGAGCGAAUGCUAGCGAGCGUCGCCCGGAUGGACACGUCAGUCCAGGAGGGCCGCCACCGGGCCAGCUCCGAAGAUCUCGACCGACAAAGGGAAGAAACAUGGCGGCGCAUGGAAGAGGACCUGCGAGCACAGCUGCGAGAACGGGACAAACAGCUGGCGGAGGCCGAGCGCUUCCAGGCUGAGGGGCAGCUUGUUAAGCUCGACGAAGCCCUCUCGUACUUUCCAACCCUCUUUAGCCCUGGAGAAAGUGGUUCGACGAUUAGCGGCGAGGACCCUGGGCAAGGACGUGGCAGCUUGACAUGCCGCGCUGUUGGGAGAUUGCUCUGCAGAGCGCGGUGCUCCGGCAAGCAGGCGGUCAGGGUCUCAAGGCACAAGGCGGAUCGCGGCUGA